AUGGACGAGUACAAAACUCCUAAAGAAAGGGGUCCUCUGGUACCAUCAUCCUCGCAAUCAUUGCCCACCAUACGACCGGUGGAACCGACAGCUACUUCUCAGGAGUCAGUACAAUCUGUGACCUUUUCACGCGACACAGAGAUGCUCAAAAGGAUAAACCAAUCUCUGGAGAAAGAUCCUAAGUACUCAAAAAUUCUUCAACACUUCCGUAAUCCCCAACACAGCCCAUUCCCAGGCGACAAGAAGGAAAAACUUCGUUAUUCUUAUAAAAAUGAAAUUUUGCGUUAUCUGGGAAAAAUUGUCGUAGGAGUGGAUGAAGAGUUACAUGAGGAUUUGAUUAAACUUUUCCACGAUCAUUGGAUUGGCGGUCAUCACGGAAUUCGUCGCACGAGACGAGCCUUAACUAAAGUUUUCACAUGGCCCAACAUCAGCGAAUAUGUGGAAAAAUACGUAAAAAGCUGCUUGACAUGCCAGAAAUUCCGAAUACGAAACCACGCACCAUACGGCCUACUAAAGCCGUUACCGAUCCCCGAUCGCCCCUUCCAAUCCAUAUCAUUAGAUUUUGUAACGACCUUACCGGAAUCUGGUCCCCGGAAGUCAACCCAAAUUCUAGUGAUAGUCGAUCGUUUCAGCAAAUACGUCCAGUGUUACCCAUGCUCCACCAAUACAAACGCCAUAGAACUCGCAACAUGUAUGAAAGAUUACUUCGACCGUUUUGGUCCUCCUGACACCAUCAUCUCAGAUAGGGGCACGCAAUUUACAUCAAACUUUUGGCGAUCAUUCACCGCCAGUCGAGAUAUUAAACUUCAGUUCUCCACGGCCUACCAUCCUCAGACGGAUGGUCAGACAGAACGCAUGAACAGGGAAGUCAUACGCCAUAUCGCGAAAUAUAUCAACCCUCAACACAACAAUUGGUCGGAAUUAUUGUCAGAAGCCACCUUUGCCAUCAACACCACUUAUAAUGAAUCUAUUAAGAACAGCCCUUAUAAGGUAGUGUUUGGGUUCGAACCCAAUAUUCAUUUCAAUUUUGAAGCCGCGGAAGCUUACCCAACAAUGGAAGCCAAGUUAGCACACCAGGCGGACCUCCACAACAGCACUAAGGACAUAAUUCGACACAGCCAACAGCAGCAAGCUAAAUAUCACAACAAACAUCGAGUUCACAAGGUUUUCAAACUGACGGAUCGAGUGUUACUUUCCACGGACAAGCUUAACCAUGACCGAGGUCCAAAACGUAAAUUCGAUAGGAAAUGGAUUGGACCCUUCACGAUUGCGGCAAAAGUCAAUGACAAUGCUUACCGUCUAUUGCUACCCAAGUCUUGGCGCAAUAACCCCGUGUUUAACGUAGACCAGUUGGAACUAUAUCAGGAAAACUUGGUGCAUCGGAAGAAAUAUGACCCGCACAUCGAAGAAGAUAUCGAUUAUUAUGACAAUAAUCCCCUCGGCAUCACCGAUCUCAUUCGAACUGAGCAUUUCGGCAAGCAGAUCAAAUAUCUCGCUUCAGUCCGCACCAAGUACGCAACGGAGUCACAAUACUUCACCUUGGAACAGCUCAAGGAUUACAAAGAUCUUGUCUGGCUUCUACACAACAGAUCACCUACGGAUCCUAAGCCUCCUCACCUCGAUAAAUUCCUGAACCACCUGGAAGGCGGUUCAUAA